AUGGAGACUAAGGUGCGCCGUGAACAUGCUGAGCAGUUGAAAAUGAAACUUAAUUACGAUGGUCUUUUUUACGUUGAUGGAGGAGGAGUUCGAGGAGGUCUUGCUUUAUUAUGGCGAGAUAGAGGAGUAGCUAAUCUUAUAAGCUACUCGAAAAACCAUAUAGAUAUCCAAGUGAAUCUGCCCGGUAGUGAACCUUGGAGACUUACAUAUUAUUAUGGCUUCCCGGAGCGUAAUCGUCGCCAACAAUCUUGGAAUUUGCUUCGGUCUCUUAAACAGAAGUCCGACCUGCCGUGGUUGGUUGCUGGAGACUUCAAUGACCUUGCAUCCCCUGAUGAGAAACGUGGCCUACAUCCACAUCCCCCAGCUCUCAUUGAAGGCUUUAACCAGAUGUUAGACGAUUGUGGUUUGUUUGACCUCGGUAUGAGGGGUAGGAAGUUCACCUGGGAAAAAGGUAGAGGAACCGAAAACUGGCUGGAGGAGCGUCUUGACAGGGCGGUGGCUGGAGCUGACUGGUGCAGUAUGUUCCCUAAUGUAUCAGUGCGUAACCAUGACACUAUAACUUCUGAUCAUACUGCCAUUCAUAUUGAAAUUUUUGGCCCUCGCAUGGUUAAGCAAAGACGUGAUUUUCUCUUUGAGAACGCUUGGUUGAAGGAGGCAGGUUGCAAACAAGUGGUUUUGGAGUCCUGGAAUUUUUCUCGGGGUGAUACAGUGCCGUGUCGACUCUCUCAUUGUGGAAUCUCUCUUCGUACAUGGGGAGGAAAUUUCGCAAAAAGAACAGAGAAGGAGAUAUCUCAUAUCCAGGCAAGACUGAACAUGCUCCGUAGCAGAAUUGAUGGGGCUUCUCUUCUAGAGGUACGUGAAUUGGAUGGCAGACUACGAGAUUUGAACGAUCAAUUGAACAUCUACUGGCGUCAAAGAGCAAAACAACAUUGGUUGAUUGGAGGGGAUAGAAAUACUAAAUAUUUCCACCUAUAUGCCUCUGCCAGAAGAAGGAAAAAUCUCAUUUUGAAGCUCCAGGAUGAAUCGCAAAGUUGGGUGGAUGGGGAUCAACUUUUGCCUCUUGCCACUAGAUAUUUCCAGAAUAUUUUCACCUCUAAAGGGGUGGACUUUGGCAGCAAUCUGGACGGGUUCAAUGCUACAAUUUCAUUAGAGGAUAAUCAACGUCUCUUGAGACCGUUUCAAUCAGAUGAUGUCCGAGAAGCUUUAUUCUCUAUGGCUCCAGAUAAGUCCCCGGGACCUGACGGAUUUAGCCCGGCAUUCUUCCAGCAUUUUUGGAAUGAGAUAGGGGAGGAUGUCUCACGAUUCGUACUGGAUUGUAUCUCUGCUGACGAAUUUCUGAUUGGGUUUAAUGAUGCAAUUAUUACGUUGAUUCCAAAAAAAUCAACUCCCACAUCUAUGGUGGACUUACGCCCAAUUGCAUUAUGCAAUGUUUUGUAUAAGAUUCUCUCCAAAAUGUUGGCAAACAGACUCAAGGAAGUACUUGACAAGGUAAUUUCUAUAUCUCAAAGUGCUUUCCUUCCCGGUCGCUUGAUUACAGAUAAUGUACUAAUUGCUUCUGAGGUAAUUCACUACUUAAACCGGAAGAGGCAAGGUAAUCAUGGCUGGUGUGCAUUGAAGUUGGAUAUGGCAAAGGCGUACGAUAAAAUGGAAUGGACAUUUCUACGGGAGAUGAUGUCUCGUAUGGGUUUUGACCAACGUUGGAUUAAUCUAAUUCUCCGGUGUGUGAAUACAUCAAGGUACAAAGUGAAUGUUAACGGUGAUCUUUCGGAUUUUAUUAUACCUACUUGUGGGCUGCGUCAGGGGGACCCAUUGUCCCCAUAUCUUUUUAUUCUUUGUGCCGAGGCUUUGUCUCACUUGAUCUCCAGAGCUGUAACUAGAGGAAUGGUGUCACCGUGUAUAGUGGCUAGAGGAGUUCCCGGACUAUCACAUUUGUUCUUUGCAGAUGAUAGUCUGCUUUUUCUGAAAGCUACGGUGCAGGAAGCGGCGGCUAUAAAGGGGUGCCUGAUUAGUUAUGAGCGGAUGUCAGGUCAGUCUGUAAACUUUAAUAAAUCAUGUAUAGUGUUCAGUCGCAAUACAGCUGCAAAUCUAAGGAUAGCAGUGGCUGGAACAUUAAAUGUGAUUCAAUCAGACAAUAUUGGCAAGUAUCUUGGUUUGCCAAUGGGAGUGGGAAGAAAUAAGAAAGAAGUGUUUAGCUAUAUUGAGGCAAAAUUAAUCCAUCGGUUGAGUGGUUGGAACAAGAAGAUAUUAUCAAAAGCGAGUAAGGAGAUUUUACUGAAAAGUGUGGCUCAAGCGCUUCCCACUUAUUCAAUGAGUAUAUAUUUUCUACCGGUUACACUCUGUGAGCGGAUUGAAAGAAUUAUGAACAAGUUUUGGUGGACAAACACUGGUAACAGUGGCGGUGGUAUAAGGUGGAUGGCGUGGCAACGUAUGUGCUCUCCAAAGUCGCUUGGUGGGAUUGGCUUCAAGAAUUUGAGCAGAUUUAAUAUAGCUUUGUUAGCUAAGCAGGGGUGGAGAUUAUUGACACAACCACAUUCCUUGGCUGCUCGUCUAUAUAAAGCAAGGUACUACCCGCAUUCCGGUUUUUUAGAAGCUAGUAUUGGUGCUAAUCCCUCUUAUUGUUGGAGAUCGAUACUUGCGGGACAGCAGUUGUUGAAGCAGGGAAGUUAUAAGCGGAUUGGCAAUGGAAGAGAUACUAAUGUUUGGAACCAACCUUGGCUACCUAAUCAGGAGGAUCCAUUUAUUCGGUCUCCAAUUCUAAAUAAUGAUGUCAACAUGAAGGUUUGCUCCUUAAUUGAUUCUGCUACCCAAGAUUGGAACACACAGCUGGUUAUUAAUAUGUUUGAGCAAAGGGACGCUGAGUUAAUUCUCAAAAUUCCUGUGGCUACUGAAUUUGACGAUACAUGGUGUUGGAGGGGAGACAUAAGGGGUUUGUACUCGGUUAAAAAUGGUUAUCGCAUGUUAACUCCUUUGCAUGGUCAGGAAGGUACGGAUUCUGCAGUUUGGCGCAAUCUUUGGCGGCUGAAAAUUCCUCCAAAUAUAAAGAAUUUUGUGUGGCGUAUCUUGCAUGGUGUACUCCCUACGAUGAUGGCCAUUAAUAGUCGGGGAGUGGAGGUUGAUGUUAGUUGUGUACUGUGCAGACUCCAACCGGAAACUAUACGCCAUUUAUGUUGUGAGUGUACUGUUCUUGUUCCUUUGUGGUAUGAUUUAGUGAACACACCCCUCCCAAACAUGGAUGAUGAAUUUUCUGCUUGGUUAUGUAAAUGUCUUAUCCAUGAUGAUAAGCUGAAGGUUCUAAAAUCUAUUGCAUUCUGGUGGUGCGUAUGGCAUGAAAGAAAUGAGGUGGUUUGGAGACAGAAAGUUUGGCAGCCUGCACUUAUUCGGUUAGCGCAUCAGCGUACUAUGAAUGAUUGGAAUUUGAUGAAGGAAAUGGUUACUGGUAGCAAUACUCAUUCCUCUAACAUUGUGGCAGUACAUGGACCUACAGAAAAUACGGUUAGAGUGUAUGUGGAUGCUGCUGUCUUCCCGGUAACGCAUGAAGCUUGCUUUGGCGUGUUUCUUCAAUCUGCAGAUGGGGAGUACAUUGCGGCUAAAAACGGCCCUAUUCAGUGCAUGGAUGAUAUUCAUUUAGCUGAAGCAGUUGCAGUGAAGGAGGCAUUGUCAUGGGUCAAAGAGAAGGGUUUCAUGCAUGCUAAGGUUUAUUCGGAUUGUGAGAAUAUUUGUAAUUUGGUUAAGGUUUCUCUACCGGAUUGUACGUAUGCAGGUUGUGUUCUCGAGGAAUGCCGAUUACUUCAACGACACUUUACUAAUGUGUCUAUUCAGUUUAUCUCUAGAUCAGUGAAUAAAGUUGCCCAUGCUUUAGCUAGGGCGGCUCGUUCUCAAUCUGGUCUCAUUGUUUGGACUUCUUCUAUUCCGAGUUGUAUUGAACAUCUGAUUUAA